CAUUCAGCUUGUCACAAGGCAAAACCGGUAAGCAGAAGGGGAGGCAAUGAUUGGGAGAUUUCAAUGAAGAGAAGUAGAAAAGAAGGAAAACAAGAAGAAAGACACAGAAAGACAGAAAGAUGGGUUUGUCUCAAGACAAUCUAAAAGGUGUUGUUUUGGCAUUGUUGUCAAGUGGGUUUAUUGGGGCAAGUUUUAUCAUUAAAAAGAAAGGUCUUAGAAGAGCUGCCGCUGUUUCCGGUGUUAGAGCUGGUUGUGGUGGAUAUGCUUAUCUUUUGGAGCCUUUAUGGUGGUUGGGCAUGAUCACAAAAAACCUUUCGUUGUAUAUGUUGAUGCAGUGAUUGUUGGAGAGGUUGCAAACUUUGUGGCAUAUGCAUUUGCUCCGGCAAUUCUUGUUACUCCUCUCGGUGCAUUAAGCAUUAUUGUCAGUGCUGUCUUGGCUCAAUUCAUGUUGAAGGAGAAGUUACAACCGCUAGGCGUUUUAGGAUGUGUUAUGUGUAUUUCGGGUUCAGUCGUAAUUGUUAUCCAUGCACCACAAGAGAGCCCUAUCACUUCUGUUCAGGAGAUAUGGACUAUGGCUACACAACCAGCUUUUUUACUGUAUCUGGGCUCAGUUAUUGUGUUGGUGUUCCUUUUAAUCUUCCAUUUUGUACCAAGAUGUGGGCAUACGAAUGUGUUGGUUUUCACAGGCAUUUGUUCAUUAAUGGGAUCUCUCUCGGUGAUGAGUGUUAAAGCCCUUGGAACUGCACUCAAACUAACCUUUGAGGGAAAGAACCAACUACUCUACCCAGAGACAUGGUUUUUUUUGUUCAUUGUGGCUACAUGUGUCAUAACACAAAUGAAUUAUCUCAAUAAGGCACUUGAUACAUUCAACACUGCAGUUGUCUCCCCUAUUUAUUAUGUUAUGUUCACAUCGCUUACAAUUCUCGCCAGUGUCAUAAUGUUCAAGGAUUGGGAUGGUCAAAGCAUGGGAAGCAUCAUAUCUGAACUAUGUGGCUUCAUUGCUGUGCUUUCGGGGACCAUUUUGUUGAACUCAACUAAAGACUCUGAUAGAGGUUCAUCCUUCAGAGGUGGCCAUGCACCUCUAUCCCCUACAUUAUCUACAGGACUCUUCAGUGGAAAUGGUGAAACUCCAAAGCAAGAUGAAGAAAAUGUUUUAUUGUCUGAGGAAAUUUGCUUAAGGAAGCAAGAGCUGCACUAAGAUGGCUAAUUAGUAGAUUAUGAGAACACGUCUAACUUUCGUGUGAUCAAGGUGCAAGAUGGAAUCCAGGUAUCAAGAAUCCUUAAAGGAUAUGCUGAGAGAUGAUUUGCACCAUGAGUUCUGGUGACAUCACGAAAGUGAGGGAAAAAUAUUAACAGCUGGUUUGAAUGUCAUUGUUCAUCAGGUGCGGUACCAGUUUACCAACUGAUGCUUGCUUCUCAGGCGACAUGCUUGUAGAGUGAAUCAGUGGUUGAUGGUACUUGAAGGGGAUGUUCAACUGAUCAAAUCAGCAGAAAUGGUUGCUGAAGGUAGUAUGUGGUUCCCUCAAGAACUGAGGCCUGGAUUUUUAGCAGGGGAAGUUUGAGUGCUUCAAUGUGAAAUUGAUAGUGUGGCAUCAACCCUAGAGAAAAUUUUGGACAUUGUGUUAGAUAUGCGGGGGUGCUUUCAUUAGGAAGGGCAACCAAAAGAAAGUAAUACUUGUGGAGUAUACAUACAUAAUGAAUUGUAGUGUCAGGUGAAUUUACCUGAAAGAACACUGUUUUCGUUUUAUUUAUAUUGGUAUCUUCAAGUUCUCAAAUUCA